UAAAUCUCUUUUUAAUUCCAUCAAUCAGGAAUAUAACGGCUGAUUUGAAUUUAAACUUAGUUCUCGGAUUAUCCACCAGAAUAGGAUGGCGCUGCAAUCAAGGCAUACUUUCAAAUGACGUUUAAGCUAGCGCGCCAAAAGUUUCAGGUAGCGCGCCAAAAGUUUUGUUUUUUUUUCUGCUGCUACUUGAGUGUGAGGAUGGACCAGUUUGGAGAAGAUUGGUCGGUGGAAUUUUUGGAUCCGGACCCGCCUCCGGGUGUGGAUUCCGCUGAAUGGUCUGUUGAGCAUUUAGAUAAUCCUCAAUCCUUCCCGGCCGAACCAUUAGAAGAAGAGACGCCGGAUUGGUUUGAAAGUUUUAUCACAAAACACGAGCUACAGGAUGAAGAUAUGCCGGAUGCGAACUGCGGAAGUCUACUCCUAGACCGACACGAGCCACUGGACGAAGAAAUGCCGGAAGCUACGAGUAACGAUUCCGGUGUUCUGAACAUCGGAAGAUUCUUAGGCAAUUCCAACAACGAGACGCCGUCCCAUUCAGCUGAUUUUGUUAUUUCAUCCGUCGGCGUUGAUGGUGUACCCCAACUUGACCAGGUGAAUGGGUUAGGCAAUGCAGUGUCCACCGGAAUCGCCUCGCCAACCUCGAGCACGCAAGAGACCGCGAGAAUCUUGACUCCGUCGUGGUUCUCAAAUUCGGCCUUCGUGAAUGACGCGAUGUCCAGCGAUGGCAGUUGCGCGACCCGGCCGACUUCGAGGACGCAAGAGACCGCGAGAAUCUUUACUCCGUCGUGGUCCUCAAAUCCGGCCUUCGUGAAUGACGCGGUAUCCAGCGAUGACAAUUGCGCGGCCCGGCCGACUUCGAGCACGCAAGAGACCGUGAUAAUCUUAACUCCGUCGUGGUCCUCAAAUCCGGCCGUCAUGGAUGAACCGGUGUCCAGCGAUGGCAAUUGCGCGACCCGGCCGACUUCGAGCACGAGUCUACCGAACAGCGUUUCUCGUGAAGAGUCGAUCGUUUACAGCAUCGUAUGGCCAUCCCCGCAAUCUCCGAACCGUGUUGAUAUCAUCAAACGAGACCACGCGGAGCCACCUCGUGACCCCACUCUUUAUGAUGACUUCGGCCCAACAAACUACAAACAAUUGUACAACAUGAAAAGCCGCCACAAUCGUGAAUUGCAGCGGAAUUGCAAGUCGUUUACGGUCACUUAA